CGUCAGCAUUACUUGACACAGUUGGCACGAAGGGCGUCCAGAGCGCAGCACUGCCAGCGAAGUUCAGACUUGGCACGGAGUCCAGCUCGCCAGCUAGCCGGUCAGUUUGCCGGGAUCUUUUUGUUCCACAGCCAGGAAAAAUUUGGACCAAGUAAAGACCAGGUGUGCACAGGUGAGCCAUGAGGAUACAAAGAAUACAGUCCUUGUGGUUUGUGGUCCUGGCCCUCGCGGCCCGGACGGCGGUGGCACAGGGCCCAUGCGGACCGUUGCAGUUCCAGUGUAACGACGGGUCUUGCAUCGAGUCCAUCCUGCAGUGCGAUCAAACUCCAGACUGCCCCGAUGAGAGUGAUGAAGAGAAUUGCGGAAUAUUCGGGAAGAGACCGGGCACCUGUCCAAGCCCCACCCUGACUGCCGACGAGUGUCUGCUGAGACCGAGGGUGUACAGGACCUGCGACAUCGAUGCCGACUGCAGGAGCGGCGAGAAGUGCUGCUUUAACGGAUGCGGAUCAGAAUGUAUACAAGUGGUCGCCCGGACGACGUCAUCUGUGUGCGACGAUGACCAGUUCACCUGUGAUGACGGAGAGUGCAUCCCUGCCGACUAUCAGUGUGACGAUGAUGCUGACUGCCAGGACAGGUCUGACGAGAAGAACUGCCCUGUGAGGCAGUGCGCGUCGGACGAGUUCCGCUGUGACAAUGGCGGGUGUGAAGACGCCAUCUACCAGUGCGACGGGGAGGACGACUGUGGGGACAACAGCGACGAAAAAGACUGCCCUGUGGCACCUGGAUCCAGCUGCUUCGUCAACCAGUUCGAGUGCCAGUCAGGUGACGAGUGUGUGGCCAUCACGUACCGCUGUGACGGAGAGGCUGACUGCCAAGACCGCUCUGAUGAAAUUGCUUGUGAUCAGUGCAACUGCAACGGGCAUUCCAAUGAUUGUGACCCUGUCACUGGCCGGUGCCAGAAUUGCGAGCAUAACACCAUGGGCAACUCAUGUGAACGCUGCUUGCCUGGCUUCGUGGGAGACCCCAGAAAGGGGACCCCUAACGACUGUCAGCCGCUUGCGCUGUGUGACUGCAACAACCAUGCCAUAGAGUGUGACGUGUCUGGGAAGUGCCUGAACUGCCAGCAUAACACGGCUGGGGAUCGUUGUGAGAGGUGUGCGCCAGGUUACGAAGGUGACGCGACCCGCGGGACAGAACAGGACUGCCAGCCCGUAGCUAGAUGCAAUUGUAACGGACACUCAAAUGACUGUGACUCACAGGGGAACUGUCUGAACUGUCAGCACAACACCAUGGGAGUCAACUGCGAGCGCUGCAUACCGGGUUACUAUGGUGACCCGCGUAGAGGCACGCCCAGCGACUGCCAAGCCCUCCCCACCUGUAAUUGCUAUGGCCACUCUAAUGACUGUGACCAGUACGGGCAGUGCAGGAACUGCCAGCACAACACUGUUGGCAGCCAGUGCGAGCGAUGUAAGCCCGGCUUCCGUGGUGAUGCCCGCCGUGGCACACCCACCGACUGCCAGCCUAUCCGCCCGACUGUCUCCUGCAACUGCAACGGCCACUCUGACCAGUGUGACUCUUAUGGACAGUGCUUGAAUUGCUUACACAACACUAUGGGUGCCUCCUGUGAGCGUUGUCUGCCUGGGUUUGUGGGAGAUCCCCGCCAGGGCACACCCGAGGACUGCCAGCCUGUGGAGAGGCCGAGGUGCAACUGUAACGGCCACUCCAGCCAGUGUGACGAGUAUGGACGCUGCACGAACUGCCAACACAACACAGUCGGGGACAGCUGCCAGUUUUGCAUGGAAGGUUUCACAGGCGAUGCCACACGCGGUACACCCCAGGACUGCACUCCCAACACCGUGGCACCCCAGGGGGGCUGUCAAUGCAACGGCCACUCGGAUGAAUGUUUCAGCGGACAGUGUGUGGAUUGUCAGCAUAACACGUACGGCCCCAACUGUGAGUUCUGUCUGCCAGGUUACUCUGGCAAUGCCCAGAGAGGAACUCCCAAUGACUGCAUACGAGUGACCCCAGACUGCAACUGCAAUGGGCACUCCUCCAACUGUGAUGAAUAUGGCAGAUGCCAGGACUGUCAGCAUAACACGUACGGUCCACAGUGUGAGUUUUGCCUACCGGGAUUCACUGGUGAUGCCCGAGGAGGCACUCCUAGCGAUUGUCAAUCCUCCACAGCUGUAGCCACCUGCCAGUGCAAUGGACACUCCAACAACUGCGAUGAGUUUGGAAGAUGCCAGGACUGCCAACACAACACAUAUGGGUUCAACUGUGAGAACUGCCUGCCCGGGUUCACUGGAGAUGCUAGAGGAGGCACUCCCCAGGACUGUCGUGGAGACCAACCUGGGCCAUCCUGUAACUGCUAUGGACAUUCCAACUCAUGUGAUGAAUAUGGGCGUUGUCAGGCUUGCCAGCAUAACACAUUUGGAGCCAACUGUGAGUACUGUUUGCCCGGGUUUACUGGUGACGCCAGGAAAGGAAACCCUGAUGACUGUGUCGCUGUGACCAGAUGUAACUGCCAUGGCCACUCAAGCCAGUGCGAUAGCAAUGGAAACUGUAUGGACUGUCAACACAACACGUAUGGUUCUCAGUGUGAGUACUGUAUGCCUGGCUUUGAAGGUGAUGCGCGUGGAGGUACUGCCAAUGACUGUCAACAGGCAGCACCCGCCUGUGAGUGCUAUGGGCACUCUAGCCAGUGUGAUAGCAGUGGCAACUGUGUGGACUGUCAGCACAACACAUACGGUCCUCAAUGCGAGUACUGUAUGCCAGGUUUUGAGGGUGAUGCAAGAAGUGGCACAGCUGAUGACUGCCAAAGGGCAGCCCCAUCAUGUGAGUGCUAUGGGCAUUCCAGCCAAUGUGACUCCAAUGGUAACUGUGUGGACUGUCAGCACAACACGUAUGGUCCUCAGUGUGAGUACUGUAUGCCUGGCUUUGAGGGCGAUGCACGAGGAGGUACUGCUGAUGAUUGUCGGCAGGCGGCACCCGCUUGUGAGUGCUAUGGGCACUCCAGUCAGUGUGAUUCAAGUGGUAACUGUGUGGACUGUCAGCACAACACAUAUGGCUCUCAGUGUGAGUACUGUAUGCCUGGCUUUGAGGGCGAUGCGAGAGGAGGCACUGCCAAUGAUUGUCAGCAGGCAGCUCCCGCUUGCGAGUGCUAUGGGCACUCCAGUCAAUGUGACUCCAGUGGCAACUGUGUGGACUGUCAGCACAACACGUAUGGUCCUCAGUGUGAGUACUGUAUGCCUGGCUUUGAGGGCGAUGCUCGAGGAGGCACUGCUGAUGAUUGUCGGCAGGCUGCACCCGCUUGUGAGUGCUAUGGGCACUCUAGUCAGUGUGACUCCAGUGGCAACUGUGUGGACUGUCAGCACAACACAUAUGGUCCUCAGUGUGAGUACUGUAUGCCAGGGUUUGAAGGCGAUGCGCGUAGAGGCACUGCCGAUGAUUGUCAGCAGGCUGCACCUGCUUGUGAGUGCUAUGGGCACUCUAGCCAGUGUGACUCAGAUGGAAAUUGUGUGGACUGUCAGCACAACACAUAUGGCCCUCAGUGUGAGUACUGUAUGCCUGGCUUUGACGGUGAUGCGCGUAGAGGAACUGCUGAUGACUGUCAGCAAGCAGCGCCCGCUUGUGAGUGCUAUGGGCACUCAAGUCAGUGUGACUCCAGUGGCAACUGUGUGGACUGCCAGCACAACACAUAUGGUCCUCAGUGUGAGUACUGUAUGCCUGGCUUUGAAGGCGAUGCGCGCAGAGGUACCGCUGAUGAUUGCCAACAAGCAGCACCUGCUUGUGAGUGCCAUGGGCACUCAAGUCAGUGCAACUCUCGUGGCAACUGUAUGGACUGUCAGCACAACACAUAUGGUCCUCAGUGUGAGUACUGUAUGGCAGGCUUUGAAGGCGAUGCGCGCAGAGGCACUGCUAGUGACUGCCAGCAGGCGGCACCCGCUUGUGAGUGCCAUGGGCACUCCAACGAGUGUGACUCAAGUGGUAACUGUGUGAAUUGCCAGCACAACACAUAUGGCUCCCAGUGUGAGUACUGUAUGCCAGGGUUUGAAGGUGAUGCCCGCAUCGGCACACCAACUGAUUGUCAACAAGCUCAGCCAGCCUGUAGCUGUCAUAGCCACUCUGACCAGUGUGAUGCCAGUGGCAACUGUGUGGAUUGCCAGCACAACACAUACGGUCCUCAGUGUGAGUACUGCCUGCCUGGGUUCUCCGGUGACGCCCGACGAGGAACAUCCAGUGACUGUGUUCAGCAGCAGACACAGCCGGCCUGCGAGUGCCAUGGACAUGCUGAUGAGUGUGACAGCAGUGGAAACUGCGUGGAUUGCCAACACAACACUUAUGGCUCCCAGUGUGAGUACUGUAUGCCAGGGUUUGAAGGUGAUGCCCGUGGGGGCACAUCCACUGACUGCCAAGCUGCCACACCAUCUUGUGAAUGCCAUGGUCACUCCAGCGAAUGUGACAGCAGUGGCAACUGUGUGGACUGUCAGCACAACACCUAUGGGGCUCAAUGUGAAUAUUGCCUGCCUGGCUUUACUGGGGAGGCCCGUAGAGGAACCGCUGAAGACUGCCAGCAAGAGCAGCCAUCUUGUGAAUGCCACGGACACUCCAGUCAGUGCGGCAGUGAUGGGACCUGUGUGGACUGUCAACACAACACGUAUGGCCGUCAGUGUGAGUACUGCCUACCAGGAUUUGAUGGUGAUGCCCGUAGAGGCACUGCUGAUGACUGCCGACAGACCCAGUCCACAUGCAACUGCUAUGGACACUCAGAGCAAUGUGACUCCAGUGGCAACUGUGUGGACUGCCAGCACAACACAUAUGGUCCUCAGUGUGAGUACUGUAUGCCAGGGUUUGAAGGAGAUGCACGUAGAGGUACUGCCAAUGACUGCCAACGGGCCCAGCCCACCUGUAACUGUUACGGCCACUCCAACCAAUGUGAUUCAAGUGGUAACUGUGUGGAUUGCCAGCACAACACAUACGGCUCCCAGUGUGAGUACUGCUUGCCAGGGUUCUCUGGUGACGCUCGUGGAGGCACCCCCAAUGACUGUCAGCAGGCACAGCCGACCUGCAACUGUAAUAGUCACUCUGACCAGUGCGAUGCCAGUGGCAACUGUGUGAACUGUCAACACAACACCUAUGGUCGUCAGUGUGAGCUGUGCCUACCUGGGUUCUCUGGUGAUGGUCGCGGAGGGACUGCAAAUGACUGUCGGCGGGAUCAGCCAGCCUGCAGCUGCAAUGGCCACUCCAAUCAGUGUGAUGCCAACGGCAACUGUGAGGACUGCCAGCACAACACAUAUGGCCCCCAGUGCGAGUACUGCUUGCCAGGCUUUGCUGGUGAUGCUCGCAGGGGAACGGCUAACGACUGUGUUCAGAACACACCCGAACCUGUCUGCAACUGCCACAACCAUGCCAGCCAGUGUGACAGUGCAGGCAACUGUGUGGGAUGCCAACACCACACAUACGGUGCAGGGUGUGAAUACUGUAUGGCUGGCUAUGUUGGUGACGCCACCAUUGGAACUCAGUAUGACUGUCAGUUAGAACAGCCAGCUUGUGAAUGCCAUGGACACUCCAUCCAAUGUGAGCUGGAUGGGACCUGCUUGGACUGCCAACACAACACAUAUGGCCCCCAGUGCGAGUACUGCUUGCCAGGCUUUGCUGGUGAUGCUCGCAGGGGAACGGCUAACGACUGUGUUCAGAACACACCAGAACCUGUCUGCAACUGCCACAACCAUGCCAGCCAGUGCGACAGUGCAGGCAACUGUCUGAAUUGCCAACACAACACAUAUGGGGCACGCUGUGAGUACUGCCAGGCUGGCUAUGUUGGGGAUGCUCGGGGAGGCACAACUAAUGACUGUCAGCUGCCCCAGCCUAGAUGCAACUGCUAUGGACACUCCAAUCAAUGUGAUAGUGCAGGGAGAUGUUCGAACUGCCAGCACAACACAUACGGUCCUCAGUGUGAGUACUGCCUGCCUGGGUUCUCCGGUGACGCCCGACGAGGAACAUCUAGUGACUGUUAUCAGCAGCAGACGCAGCCGGCCUGCGAGUGCCAUGGACAUGCUGAUGAGUGUGACAGCAGUGGAAACUGCUUGAACUGCCAACACAACACAUAUGGCCGUCAGUGUGAGUACUGUUUGCCUGGAUAUUCGGGUGAUGCCAAAACUGGAACUGCCUCAGACUGUGUACGCAAUGUUCCCGAACCCAUCUGUAACUGCAAUGGCCACUCCAACCAGUGUGAUGAUGAUGGCAACUGUAUGAAUUGCCAACACAACACUUAUGGACCUCAGUGUGAAUCCUGUUUGUCUGGAUACACUGGUGAUGCCCGUGCUGGGACGCCCAGUGACUGUGUACCUGAACAGACCACUCCUGUGUGCAACUGUCACAGUCAUUCAGACCGUUGUGACAGUGAUGGAAACUGUGUGGACUGCCAACACAACACCUACGGGCCUCAGUGUGAGUAUUGUCUGCCUGGCUUCACUGGAGAUGGGCGAGGGAGUACCCCUCAGGACUGCCAGAGGACACAACCAACAUGCAGCUGCCAUGGGCAUUCGGACCAAUGCGAUGAAAGUGGGAAUUGCCAGAACUGUCAACACAACACCUACGGCUCCCAGUGUGAGUACUGUAUGCCAGGGUUCUCUGGUGAUGCUCGACGAGGAACACCAAACGACUGUCAGCAGGCACAGCCAGCCUGCAACUGUCAUGGCCACUCUGACCAGUGUGACGCCAGUGGCAACUGUGUGAACUGCCAGCACAACACGUAUGGCUCUCGGUGUGAGUACUGUAUGCCAGGCUUCUCAGGAGACGCUCGCGUGGGAACACCCACUGACUGUCAGGCAACGCAGCCUACAUGUAACUGCUACGGCCACUCAGACAAUUGUGAUGAGAUGGGACGAUGUUUGGACUGUCAGCACAACACAUACGGAUCCCAGUGUGAGUUCUGCAUGCCAGGGUUCUCUGGCGACGCACGACAAGGGACACCUGAUGACUGUCGUGCUGCCCAGCCUACCUGCAACUGCUAUGGCCACUCCAGUAGCUGCGAUGAGUAUGGAAGGUGUCAGAACUGCCAGCACAACACGGAGGGGGAAAACUGUGAAAGAUGUCAGUCUGGCUACACAGGAGAUGCAACACAGGGAACACCCAAUGACUGCCAAGCUUCAGCUCCUUCAUGCAACUGUCACAGCCACUCAGACCAAUGCAGUUCUGACGGUGCUUGUGUGAGCUGCCAACACAACACCUAUGGAAACCAGUGUGAGUACUGCAUGCCAGGAUUUACAGGAGAUGCUCGCAGGGGAACUCCACAGGACUGCCAGAAACAGCAGACGCAGCCACAAGCCUGUAACUGUAAUGGACACUCUUCUACCUGCAAUGAACUGGGUGUUUGCCAGGACUGCCAGCACAAUACAUAUGGUGCCAACUGUGAGUUCUGCUUGCCUGGCUUUGCUGGUGAUGCGCGGAGGGGAACUGCUAAUGACUGCGUGCCUGAACAGCCAGCCUGUAACUGCCAUGGCCACUCUACGGAGUGUGAUGCUAAUGGCAACUGUGUGAACUGCCAGCACAACACCUAUGGCCGCGAGUGUGAGCUGUGUCUACCAGGGUUCUCUGGUGAAGCUCGCAGGGGAACGCCAAAUGACUGUCAGCAGGCACAGCCACAGCCACAAUGUAACUGCCAUGGCCACUCUGACCAGUGUGAUCCCAGUGGAAGGUGUUUGAACUGUCAGCACAACACCAUGGGCGCCAUGUGCCACCUCUGCCUGCCAGGUUACCAAGGGGAUGCCAAAAGGGGGACCUUCUAUGAUUGUCAGCCCACGGUGGUACCAGAGUGCAACUGCCAUGGGCAUUCUAAUGAGUGUGACAUUCUGGGAAGAUGCAUUAACUGCCAACACAACACAUACGGUGUCCAGUGUGAGCUAUGUGCCCCUGGCUUCUCAGGAGAUGCCCGACGUGGCACGCCUAACGACUGCGUACAGGACCAGACCCGGCGCUGCAACUGUCAUGGACACUCCAACCUCUGUGAUGACCUAGGCAGGUGCAUGAAUUGCCAGCACAACACCAUUGGUUUUGAGUGUGAAGAAUGCCGCCCUGGUUUCUAUGGAGAUGCCAGGAGGGGCACACCCAAUGACUGCCAGCCCCGUCAAGUUCAACCCUCUCGAUGUGACUGCAACGGACAUUCAGAACAGUGUGAUGCUUUUGGGAGAUGUAUCAACUGCCAGCACAACACUAUGGGCUUCCGGUGUGAACAGUGCCAGCCUGGUUUCCGCGGUAACCCCUACAGCGGGGCUGGAUGCCUGGCCUCAGACCCGCAGCCCAGGUGUAAUUGCCACGGACACUCUGAUCAGUGUGACGAUGAGGGAAGAUGUCUGAACUGCCAGCACAACACUUAUGGAGACCGGUGUGAGAACUGCGCACAAGGCUAUGAAGGAGAUGCUCGGGCAGGCACUGCAGAUGCGUGCAGGCUCAGCAACGUUGUACAGCCUCGUCCAUGCAACUGCUAUGGUCAUUCAGAUCAGUGUGAUGAGAAUGGACGCUGCUUGAACUGUCAGCAUAACACCAUGGGUCCCCAGUGUGAGCAGUGUUUGCCAGGUUUAGCAGGUGAUCCCACCAGAGGGACUCCAAAUGACUGCAAACCUCCACGCAGACCUUCUUGCAGAUGUAAUGGCCACUCCAACUUGUGUGACAUCCAGGGCAUCUGCGUGAAUUGUCAGCAUAACACAAUGGGAAGGAACUGCGAGCUGUGCCGCCCAGGGUUCACAGGCAACCCAUUAGUUGGAACACCUACGGACUGCCAGCCUGUGAAGCUGCCCUGCAACUGUCAUGGCCACUCCGACCAGUGCAAUGCAAGGGGAAGCUGCUUGAACUGCCAGCACAAUACUAUCGGCACACAGUGUGAAUUCUGCCAGCCAGGCUACACUGGAGAUGCUCGCAGGGGAACCCCAGAUGCUUGUCAGCCACAGGCACCACAGUGCAACUGCAACGGCCAUUCUGAUCAGUGUGACAGUCAGGGUAAAUGUUUGAACUGUCGGCACAACACUAUGGGUGACAACUGUGAACAGUGUGUGCCUGGAACUGUUGGGGAUGCUCGCCUUGGCACGCCGUAUGACUGCAGGAGGACCCUGGUUUGCCAGUGCAACGGGCACUCUGAUGAUUGUGAUCAAUAUGGGAGAUGCUUGAACUGCCAACAUAACACCAUGGGUGAUCGCUGUGAGCAGUGUCAGCCAGGCUUUUUUGGUGAUGCUCGACGAGGCACUAAUAACGACUGUCGCAUGUGUAUCUGCAAUGGGCAUUCCAGCCUGUGUGAUCAGUACGGGAGGUGCCUGAACUGCCAACACAACACAUAUGGCGAAAACUGCGAGAACUGCAAGCCUGGUUAUAUAGGUGAUGCCAAGGGGGGUACGCGCAAGGACUGUCGACCAGUCAGCCCUACACGGCCGCAGUGCCAGUGUCACAACCACGCUGACAGGUGUGAUGAGAACGGUUUCUGCCUGAACUGUGAGGACAACACCGAAGGCCCCCAGUGUGAGAGAUGCCAGGCUGGAUUUGUUGGGGAUGCCACCAGUGGACAAAAGGAUGCCUGCAAACCCAUAUCCCAGCCCAAACCCUGCAACUGUAACGGGCAUUCAACAACUUGUGACAAGGAUGGAAACUGCUUGAACUGUGAGCACAACACGGAAGGGCGGAACUGCGAGCGCUGUAGACCUGGCUUCUCUGGUAAUGCUAAGCUGGCCACAGCCGAUGCCUGCAAGCCUAGGGUGUCAUGUGACUGUAAUGGUCACGCCACUCAGUGUGAUGGUGAAGGCAAAUGUUUGAACUGCAAACAUAACACGGAGGGGGCCAAGUGUCAGAAGUGCAAGCCGGGUUACCGAGGAGACGCCACCCAGGGAACCUUUUUAGACUGCAAACCUAUCCCAGCAUGCUUCUGCAAUGGCCACUCUGACCUCUGUGACAAUUCUGGCAAAUGUCUGGACUGCAAGCAUUUUACAGAGGGCCCUAACUGUGAACGUUGCGCCCCUGGCUACAUUGGAGACGCUAAGAAGGGAACACCAAAUGACUGCAAACCUAAGGUUACGGAGACAAAACAGCCGACUGCUAAACCAGAGGUUAAGCCCACUGACAAACCAGAGGCUAAGCCUACUGAUAAGCCAGUGGUAAAGCCCACUGACAAACCAGGGACAAAACCGUGUGAAUGUAACGGCCAUUCCUCGACCUGUGACAGCAAAGGACAGUGUCUGAACUGUAAUCACAACACAGAAGGCCCCCACUGUGAGGUGUGCCGUCCUGGCUACACUGGUGAUGCCACCAAGGGAACGGCCCAGGACUGCAAGCGCCACGAGCCUUCUGCUUGCCCCAUGUGCAACGGCCACUCAUCAACAUGCCCCAAUGGCAGAUGUCAGAACUGUCUCCACAACACCGUAGGCCAGUUCUGUGAGCAGUGCUCGCCUGGUUUCUAUGGAGAUGCCACAUCUGGUACCUACAGGGACUGCAAGCGGUGCCCAUGCCCCCUGGCCAUUCCAUCCAAUCAGUUCUCCCCCACAUGCGUGCUGGAUGUUGAUGGCAAACCCACCUGCACAGCUUGUCCAGCAGGCUACAUGGGCAGGGACUGUGGAACAUGUGCUCCAGGAUAUAUCGGCAACCCAAGAAUCCAAGGCCAGACAUGCAAGAAAAAUCCAGUUGGUGCCCCCACCGUGAGAAUCUCACCCUCGGCACUCAGCUCAGAACCCGGGACAUCUGUCACUCUCAGCUGCGAUGUCAGCGGGGCCAGGCCUGUUAAGUUGUUCUGGGGCCGGAAGGACGGACAGCCUCUCCCACCACGCGCCCAUGUGAGAAGCGGGACCAAGGACUCCCUGCUGGUUAUUGACCCACUAGAGGACGCUGAUGCGGCCACCUACGUGUGCACUGCUGUCAACCCACUUGGAACUGGGGACCAGCAGGCAGUUGUGGACGUCAAGCCAAAUGAGUGAUGUCUCAGAAUGGAUGUGGAUAUGGCCAGGAUUGUGUUUGUCUGUACUCCCUUCCAUUCCCAGUCUGGGGCAGCUAGCAGAAGAACGUAGGCCAGUGAGCUGUGAAUUGAUACUUUCUUACUUACAUCAUUGGUCUAAAAUUAUUGUAACUGGAAGGGGGGGAAGGAUUCUGUAUGAUUCACCAGUGCUUUGGUGGUAAACCUGACACACAAUCCUUGCUUGCCAAGAACAGGCAACAUUCUUGCAUAAGGAUUUCUUCUUAUCUGUUGUAAAUUUGGAAGAUAAAUGGUAGGAUGGUAAUGUUGUCUCUAGGUCGGUAGAGUUGUUUUGGACUUUUUCAAGGAAUAAUAUCAGUAACUUCAGUAAGUAGCUACAUGUAUAGGGUAACG